AAGCAAGUGGGCUUGGAUCUGCUCCUCUGCUAGCCUGUUGUUGUGUUUCUGUUUUGGCUUCCUUCUCCUCUCUGUGUCUACAACAAAAACCAAGCCAUGCAGUGAUCUCUCUCCCCACCAGCCUACUCACUUGCCAGCAUGGAAUUCCUUGUUGCCUAUAGCGACUAGGCUUGCUAUUUAAAGCUGGUUCCGAUGGGUUUCUCUCUCCAGCAUUUUGCACAGUGAGGACGGAUGCAAUUUCUGCUCUCCAGCAACCCUUUGCCAUCAUGGCCCUGGCUGGCUUCCAUUUCCUGAGUUUCAGGGCUUUGUUGCAGCAGAACCUUUUCUGGGCCAGCAAGUGGAGAGGGAAAGAUUGCCAAGGGAUUAUUUAAAAGCCUAAGCAGCGGAGGAGGAGGAGGAGCCACUGGGACACUGCACUUCCACGCCUGCCAGAUGCCAAAUUGGAGAGGAAGUUGCAGGGCUGAGCGGGAGCUGUGUCUGCAGACUGAGCGUGUGUGGCAGCAGCAGAGGGCGGAGAGAGCGCCUGGGCCACCCAAGCGGCGGCUGUCCCCGGGCAGCGCUGAUCCAGAUGUGCAGCUGCCAGCUCAGAGGCGAGGUCCUGGGAUGGGAACUGGCAGGAGCUUCCUGUCUGCUGGAGUGGUGGUGCUGAGGGAACGUGGCUCAUUAACCCCGAGGAUGGAGCUGCUCUGAUACUUGACAAACAGCUGCUUUCUCUUUCUCCGGCUGGGAUGCAGAGCCUUGAAAUGUGUGCCAAGGAGCAGACAGGACCAUGACAUUCUGCUUUGUGUUAGGACAGGCUCUGCCUCUCCUCUCAGGAAGGAAAAAUACUCAGGCAGAGUUGGGGACCUAGUUUGCUGGGAGACCCUGUGGAAACGGCUCUCUUUUGAGUCAAACAGUGGAAGAGGGCAGAGGUCGCUCUUAUUUUGCUCUCCUGUGGCCCAAAUUCUGUAUGCAAAAUGCUUGGGCGGGGCCAGAGAGGUUGUGACUGAUGUAAGAAGAACCCAAAGAGUUGUGGCUGGAAGCUACCUGGGAUGGUCUGUUCCAAACACCUGCCAACAGCUGCUGUUGCAUUUCCGUAACUAAGUUGGUCUCUGCAGCACCUGGAGAACUGUGAGGGUUCCCAUAAUAAGCUUUUGAGAAGCCAAACACUUUCUCUGCCAGCUUUCCCCCCUGCCUUUUUUUCUGUUGCAAGAGAGAGACAGACCAAGUGACCCUUCCUGGCCUCUCCUCCCCUCUCAUGCCCACCAUGAAGUUUUCGCUGCGCUUCUGGUUCCUCUCCACGGCUUUCCUGCUUGUCUUCAUCAUGUCCCUCCUUUUCACCUACUCCCACCACAGCAUUGCCUACCUAGACCCCAGUGGGCUGAACGGCAUCCACCGGGUGAAGCUUGUGCCAGGCUACGCUGGUAUGCAGCGCCUCAGCAAGGAGGGGCUCUUUGUGCGGAGCUGCACCUGUCGCAGGUGUGUGGUGGACGUGAGUGACUCAGAGUGGUUCGACACCCGCUACGACAGUAACAUCUCCCCAGUGUGGACCAAAGAGAACAUGGACUUGCCGCUGGAUGUCCAGAGGUGGUGGAUGAUGCUACAGCCACAGUUCAAGUCCCACAACCUGAACGAAGUCUUGGGGAAGCUCUUCCAGAUUGUCCCUGGAGAGAACCCAUACAGCUCCCAGAACUCACAACCGUGCCGCCGCUGUGCUGUGGUUGGCAACUCGGGCAACUUGCAAGGCUCUGGUUAUGGCAGGGAAAUCAAUGGGCAUGACUUCAUCAUGAGGAUGAACCAGGCCCCUACAGUGGGCUUUGAGGCGGAUGUUGGGAGUAGGACAACUCAUCACUUCAUGUACCCAGAAAGUGCCAAGAACCUGCCUGCCAACGUUAGCUUUGUUCUUGUGCCCUUCAAAGCCCUGGACCUGCUGUGGAUGGCAAGCGCCUUGUCGACGGGCCAGAUCCGAUUCACUUAUGCGCCCGUGAAGCCUUUCCUUCGGGUGGACAAAGACAAGGUUCAAAUCUACAACCCAGCUUUCUUCAAAUACAUCCAUGACCGAUGGACAGAGCACCACGGACGCUACCCUUCCACGGGGAUGCUGGUCCUGUUCUUUGCCUUGCACGUUUGUGAUGAGGUGAACGUUUUUGGGUUUGGGGCAGACAGCCGUGGCAACUGGCACCAUUACUGGGAAAACAAUCGCUAUGCAGGAGAGUUCCGAAAAACUGGGGUGCAUGAUGCUGAUUUUGAAGCCCAUAUCCUUGAUAUUCUGGAGAAGACAAACAAGAUUGAUGUUUAUCGUGGUAACUGACCCCUCCAGGCUGCUGUGUUCCAGCACUGACUUGGUGACUGGCCUGCAGGGGAUGAUGGGCCAGGUGGCUACCUGUAGGGCCUGGGCUGAGCACUGGGUUUCCCCUGAACCCAUCAAGAUGGACCCUGGGAAAACUGCACCCCAGGGAGACCCCAGAGAGCAAAUGAGGUACACUGUUUCUGAAAGCAAUUGCAGCAGAAAGAUACUCUCAAAGGGGAGUGAAGGAAGUGUGUGUGUUUUGUUGUUCCUCUCCCCUCAAAUCAAGAGGAUUUUCAAAUAGAACAAAUCAAGUUUUGAGUACGUAGCACAGGCUUCCCCACCUGGUGGCUAAAAGGAGAUACAUUGCUGCACAUUUUCUUUCUUUGAAUGAAGAUUAAAAAGUAGGAAGGGGUGCACAAAAGCAGCCAAAGGAGGAGGAAAUCUACCUGGUGGCUGGCCAGGUUUGGCUGCUCUUUGACCAGUUCUCAGAGGUCUGCCAUUCUGAGUCUGCUGGGAAGCCUGGACACUGACUGGUUGCUAAGAGCGACACACUGCAAGGCUGCCCCAGAAGCUGCAACUGGAAGAAGCCCUUACAAUCCAGAGAGGCUCCGCUGUUUUUAUUUUUUUUAAAAAGCAAAUGAACAAUCAACUUUCCUUUGCUAAAUGGCACUUCUCGUUUCCCACUUUUGUCCAGGGAAGAUUCUUUUUUGUGUGUCUUCAUUUUGUACAAUCAGGUUUAAAAUGCAGAGAGCAGCUGGAUUGUAUUUGUUGUUGUUACAAUCAAGUAAACUCUGGAAGAUUUUGCUUGCGGAAGCCAAGUCUGGGAGGUGCGGUGCCUACGGAAGACUCUGUCGUUCGGCACCCUGACUCUGGUGGGUGGUUAUGGACACAGGCGGUUUUCAGGGAGCCAGUGCCACUAGGGACAGGCACUGCCCCCUUGUGCUAGAACCUAAGGGGAACCCAUGCCAAAGCCACCCGAAUUUCAGACCUGGUGACUUCUACCUUUCUCUACCAUUCAUGGCUGUAAUCAAGUUGACCGCCAUCUUGGGUUUGGGUGAGCAGGAGGUUCCCUCUCAUGGCAAACCGUUUCUUGUGAUCUCAGAGCAGGGUGCCUGCAUGUGUUUGCCUACUCUACCUCCACCUUUCUGCCCCACCCUUUUACUCAAAUUGUUUCAAUGAUUGGGGGGGAGCCAGGGAAGUGGCCCCCAGUCUGAAAGGACUGGCCAGCUCCCUCCAGUUAGUCCGAACCUUGGCUGAAAGAACUGCUUGCUGCCCCACGACCAAGACUCCCUGCCAUUGGACUGAUUUGUGUAGCUAAGUCCCUCCAGAUUGCAGCAGAGAGAGAGAGAGAGAUGGUUUGGAAGGGUGGAAGAGCACCAGGCUGCAUUGUUGGAGGGUAGCAAGCUAGCUGGAGGGCAGAGUAGGAGGAGCCAAUUUCCUUCUUGUUGGGUUUGCUCUCUUGCCCUAGAAGCUAGGCUGGUGGAAAGUAGCAUAGCAUGUGGAGAGCUGCCUAGUUUCAGGGUUUGUUUGUUUCCCUUUUCUCAGAAUCAUAUUCAGAUGCAGCAGGGGUUCCUGCUGGUGAGCAGAAAGUCGGGGCAGGUGAGCCAUGCUACUCAGGAACAUGUCCUUCAGGAAAGGAAUCUGGUGUUCGGUUCAGCUGCCUUUGGGCAAUUGAAGAGGACUGGCUGGCAACUUGUCAGCCCUCUAGACCUAAUGUUUUCCAUUCCUGAAGGCUUCCAGGAUUUAACCAACACAGGUAUUGCACACAGGUAUUAAUUAAUGCUUUGCUGUUGGGCCAUGGGCGAAUUCUGCUGAAAUGUUUUAUAACCACUGAAAGGAGCAGGCAGAUUUGUCCUUUGAACGGAGCCCUGUGGCAUCCUCACUUCGCACUGUCCAUGGGUUUGCACUGGCCUCGCCUUUUAGUUGGGGGCAGGAGGCUUAGGAAGUUGGGCUACAUUACAUUACUUGACCUUGGAAGGGAGGAGAGCAGGGACGAAGGCAAAGCUAAAGGACUUCCCUCUUGUUUGGGCAUCAGGGAUUUGUGGGUAUGCAGGCCAAGACCCCAGGCACCAGCCCGCCCUUUUCUCUGCCCUUCAAAACUGCAAUCAUGCCAAACAGUAUUGAAUAAGUAUUUCUUUUAAAAAAAAAGAUGAGUUGUGUAGGAGGGAGCAGCCCCAAAGGGGACCAAUCCUAAUUCCUUGUGGCAACAGUGACUUAACUGCACAGCCUAGAAAACCCUGUUUCUUCCUCUUUCCUCCUGUACCUCCCCCACCCUGUUUACAUGCCUCUCAAGAGGGUUGUGUGUGUUGAGGGAGUAGAGCAUAUUAGAGGGUUGUGUGUGUUGAGGGAGUAGAGCACAUUAGAGACCAGAGAGAUGUUCUUUGUUUGAACUGCAAAGUCUUCUGCUAAUGAGCUUCUGCUGCCAUCUGGAUGCUGAGAGGCAGCAGGACUGGCCUUCCAGCUGCUGUGUAUGGUCAGAGCAAAAGAGAGCAAGUCUGUCUCUAGAAGAGCAUCAAACAGCCAUGUACUUCUAGGGGGGCAGCCAUCCAAGCACCACCCUCCAGGGGUUUGAGACUCCUCCAAGCCAGUACUGCCUCAUGCUGCUGUGGCUGAGAGUCUAAAACCCCUGGAAGGCACAUCUGGUUGGGCAAGGAAGUCUGGAGCCUGCCAGCUGGCUGAGGGAGCAGGCAGUCCACCUGUUCUUUUUUCUUCUUCUUUCCAAUACUUUCCUAAAAUCUCUGGGCACUUUUUGGGGGGGGCGGUGUGUGGGGGAUAAAUUUUGAGCAUCAAAGAGUGCCUUGACUUGCCCUGCUGGCUCCCUUGGACUCUUUCCACUCCCUGGUGGUUUUGUCUGCUAUGUGUUUGCCUUUUUCUCUCUGUCUCUCCCUUCCUGCUGCUCUGUGUGGAGAGGCUUUGCCUGGGCGAAAGAGCCAGCUUGGAACAAGGCUAGGGCCUGCCUGGCUCUCAGCAGCACCUGCAUGGCUGCUUUUUGGUGGGAGUGAUGGGACAAUCUUUCCAGGCCACUCCACCUCUGGGUCUUCAGAGCAGCAAAUAUUCCUCAUCUCACUCUGUCACUUGGAACUGGAAAUCUUCCCCACCCCCUCCCUCUGCCUCUUUUGUGGAUGGCUUGAAGAAAUCUCUUCUGCCUCUUCAGCAGCCUGGUCACUUAAUGCCUGCAGGAGACAAAGCUGGUAGGUUGUGAUGGGUGACUAUAUCCAGGUAGAACUUGUAUGGCAGAGCAUGAAAUGUUGGGCAACCUUGACCGGAUCCUGCCUUACCACUUGCCUUCUCCUUUGGACCAUCUCUGAUCCAAAGAUAAAAGCUCCUCCCCAGGAAUGCAUUCUACAUUGCCGACAGUGAGCUGUGGACUGGCAGGAUCAGAGUUCCGAUUGUGUAAGUGGCCAAGUGAAUGUUCAAAGUUUGAAAGAUUCUUUAAGAUGCUCAUGCUGGGCAUCUCUGUUGGCUGAACCCAGGUUUCUCCCCCCCACACACACACACCUUCAGUGAGGUAAUUUCCACUUGACUUUACGGUAGUUUUGCCACCUGGUCAAAGAGUCCUGCAUCUCUGAGCCACCCUCCCCUGGCUCCUACAAAUGAGCUGCCAGCUGGACACGGGGCCAGCUCAUCCAUAGGACAGGGCAAAUGGUUGUUCCUGGACUGGAUCAUUUGCAAGGGAGCUUCCCACUGCGGCUGUGACACAAUUCCUUUCUCCACGGUAGCUGACCUUCAGUCCCCAGCCAGCAAUUUUGCUGAAUAACCGGGGUGGGGGGGUGGGGAGGGGGGAACUUUAGAACUACAGGGAACAAACCUCUGCCAUUUCAGAGCUGGCAGUGGCUGAGUUGGACGAUGUAUGCGGUGGCUGCUGGCAAACCCCAGGACGGUUUCUCAAACCGGCAAAAUGGUCUGGGUAGAGGUUGCAGGUGUGAGAGGUGUGCCCCAUGCGUCUUAAGGGAAGGAAAAGUCUGGAGAAGGCCUUGUGCUUUCCCCAGUGUGAUCAGAAGGACUCCUGCUUAAAUCCCCCUUCUGCUUCCUGAGCUCCACAGACUGGGGUAGACUUGGAGGCCUGGACCUUCAGCUCCCACCCAUGGCCCAAGCCCCAAGCCUGACUUCCUUUCUCUUCCUCUGAAUGGAAGUUCUGCCUGCCCCCCCCCAUCCCUUCUGCCUUGGGCUGCCUCUGUAGACAAAUCUCUUAUAAGCAGCUACUUAUAAACUAAGGAAAUCAUGGAUCCAAAGCUGUUUGCCCUCCUUUUCUAGCCUACACUUCACUUUAUCAGUAUUACAUGCAGUUCUGCUGCCUCAGUUUGUACUUUUUGACUUCACAUGCCACAGUUGGAAGAAACUGGAUUUAUUUUGUGUUCUGUUGUACAAAAUAAAAUCUGUACCUUUUUCCUUCUGCUGAUUUCUGCAAUGGCUGCGUGGGUGGAGUUUCCCCCCCUUUUCCUUUCUAUGUUUGUGUUUCUGGCCCCCUAAGUAUCUCCCAACCCAGGUUAUCAGCCAUCACCUGGGGGUAGGGAGCAGCGAGGCGGCCUCUCAGGCUGCACUCAGUGAGCUGACCUUCAUCUUCAUGGAUGAAGGUGGUGAUGGUGGCAGGUGAUGGUAUAGCAGAAGUCAUUAAAAAAACAACCCCACACAUCUCCUAAUCUUGGAAGGGCAUCCCAAAAUUGUCUCUUAAUAGAUACUGCUGGAUCCAGAGGUAUAAGAAGUAUUAGAAUUGGCUUAUUUCAUGUACUUUCCUUAAAUUUGAACUGAGUUUUUUUAUUGAAACACAGAAUGUAAUUCUGCAAUCUCAGCUCUUGUUUGUGACUUCCUGGCUCCAAUGAGCCCCCAAUGAGCCCCCACCCCCCCAAUACUUGGGCCCCAUCUGCACUACACAUUUAAAGCACUAUGCUGCUGCUUCAAACAAUCUUAGCUUCCCCCCAAAGAAUCCUAGGAACUGGAGUUUGUUAAGGGUGCUGACAGUUGCAAGGAAGCCCCUAGUCCCCUACCAGAGGUACAGUUCCCAGAGCACCCUGGGAAGACCCUCUUCAAGAGAGCCCUACAGUUGCCACCAAGGAUUGGCGUAUUCUUCAUUUACCACCUCAGGCCUUCUGUGGGCAUACAGUGCCAAGGACAGGGUCUCACUGAUGAGAGAACCCCCCUGUCCUCAUUGAGAGACAGGCGUGCCACUUUCCCUCCACACAACGGCUUCUAGGCUUAGUUUCUUCUGCCUCAGGUGAAAUUUUUGAAGGAUGCUCUGAGAGGUCACUGGACAAAAGAGGAGCCUUUGAAGAAUAACUCAUUUCUUCCACCACAAUAAAUCUUCCUGAGUUUCAGGUGCCACAAGACCCUAUUUAGGGUGUGUAUUUAACAUUAUUAUGCACUUCUUGGUGUUCUAGCACGUACGAAUGGGACUUUAAAAAAUUGUUUUCAAAAUUAGAUAUAGUUACCUGGCUUUAAGACUUAAGAACUUCAGCCAUCUCUACUCUAGGUCAAGAUUUUACCAGUUUUUUUGGGGGGGGGCCUUUCAUAUAGGUGAGAGGUUGGGCAGUU